AGGGCUAUUUUUGGGAGAAAAGUUGUUUAGAAGUUAUUUUAAGUGUAAUCGAAUAUUAAGACUGCAUAGGUAUAUUAGUAAUAUCAAUUUGCAAAGUCCACAGAAAGUGUGCCAUUUUGUUUAAUAUUAUUUUUAUAUCCAGUAUUUACACUGAUACUUUACUAUUUACUUUUCAAAACUUUACUUCAAAGCGAUUUUUUAAAUGCACCUUUAUGUAAUGUGAUAGUAUGAAAAAAUUGAGGAUAUGGCAACGGUGUCAUAUGUCAAGUUUGGAGCUUAGAUCCAAUGCUAAAAUGCGUACAUAAAGUUAGGUUAGGUUAUAUUUUCAAGGCAUAAUCGUACAUGUCCUUUCUUUCUAUUAAAGAAUUAUUUAAACCAGCCAUGAAAAUAAAUUUCAAUGUAAAAAUAUUGUAGACAACAACACCAUUAACACUAUCAGCUAAAACUAUCAUGACAGCUGAAAUGAAACAAUAAUUCGUAUACGAGCAUCACGAUUCGAAUGGUUCAUACCCAUUCGAGUCGCCGUAUACGAAAAAAUUCGUACACGAAGUAUUCGAAAAUACAAGACACCGGAUUUCAAGCGAAAUUCUUCUAAUUUCGUAUGCGAAAUAUGCUCGAAUGAAUUCGAAAAUAGGACCCCUGGGACGGGACUGACGUCACAUACUGUUUACAAUUUCUGAUGUGAAGUUGGCGUUGACAGGUGUUUAUGUGGUUAAUAAAUAAUAAAUAUUUUAUUUGGUGACAUAUUUUAAUGUAAAACACAUUGUAAAACAGCUGUUAAAAUUAAACCACACUUCCCUUGGUAAAACGGCAGCAGGGCAACUAGUCAAUCUUUUAUCCAACGACUUGCAGAGGUUUGAUUACGCUGCAGUAUUCCUACAUUACAUUUGGGUAAUGCCCAUUAACAGUGCGAUAUCAUUUUACAUUAUGUACAGAACAUGCAAUCUUGUGGCUGCCCUUACAGGAAUGGGUGCAAUUAUAGUGGAAGCACUACCUCUUCAAAGUUACCUAUCAAGACUGCAAGGACAAUUACGGGGAAAAAUUGCUGUUAGGACAGACACAAGAAUAAAACUCAUGAGUGAAAUAACGACGGGAAUUCAAGUAAUUAAAAUGUAUGCAUGGGAAAAACCUUUUGAGAAAGUUGUAGAACUAGCUAGGAGAUAUACCUACAGUAUGUCCGAUCCAAAGAAAAAGUGCAGACAAUACAAUGUCGAAUAUUUGAAGUAUGGUUUUAUUCAGUCGCCUUCUAAUAAGCCAUUACCAAUGUGUUUAAUUUGCCAGAGAGUUUUCUCAAAUGAAGCCAUGAAACCUUCACGAUUACAAGAACAUUUGACCAAAAUACAUCCCGACAGAAAAGACAGAAAUUUAUCAUAUUUUGAAAUGCUCAAAAAACAACAUUUCAAACGUCCAACUUUAGCUAGUAUCUUUUCAGCAGCAUCAAAGCAAGACGAUGAUGGGCUACGUGCUUCUUAUAACAUUUCCUUACUUAUAGCUAAAUCAGGAAAACCCCAUACUAUUGGCGAAGAAUUAAUACUGCCAGCUGUAAGUGAAGUUUUGCGGACUGUACUGCACCAGCCGGCAUCUGAUAUUAUUAAAAAAAUUCCAUUAAGCAAUAAUACGGUACAGAGACAAAUUGACGAAAUGUCUGAGGAUGUGGAGCGUUCUCUAACUGAUUAUUUAAAGACUACUGAGUUUUCUUUACAGCUUGAUGAAUCAACUCUGCCAAACAAUGAGUCUUUACUUCUUGCGUACGUUCGCUUCAUAAAAAGUGAAAAAAUCUGUCAAGAACUGUUAUUUGUAAGAACACUGGAAACAGAUACUAAAGGCAAAUCGAUAUUUGAUGUUCUGGAACACUAUUUUACAGAUAAAGGUAUACCUCUGGAAAAUGUCAUAACUGUUGCUACAGAUGGUGCUCCGGCAAUGGUUGGACAACACCGCGGACUGAUAGCAUAUUUGAAAAAAGCGGUACCAAAUAUACUCGCCGUGCAUUGUGUAAUUCACAGACAGCAUUUAGUUGCAAAAAAUCUUAGUGAUCGCCUUCAUUGUUCACUACAAUAUGUAAUUACUGCAGUUAACAAGAUCAGAAGCAGUGCUCUCAAUGAUAGAUUGUUUAGAAAACUGUGUGAUGAAAACGACGAGAAUUUUAAUCGUUUAUUGUUGCACACAGAAGUUCGAUGGCUUUCGAAGGGUACCUGUCUAAAAAGAUUUUAUGAUCUCUUUGACUCAGUUUUAGAGUUUUUUGAAAGCAAAGAUGAUUCUUUGAGAGACAAUUUAUUAAAAUUUAAGAGCGAUAUUGCUUAUUUAACUGAUUUAUACGAUAAAUUUAAUGAAACAAACCUACAGCUACAAGGUGAUAAUUUGAAUUUUAUCAAAGCAAAAGGAAUUAUUUCCUCGUUCGUGUCAAAACUUAAUUUGUAUAGGCAAAAUUUGGGUCGGAGACAAUUUCAUCAGUUUCAAAAUCUUUCCUCUGUGGAGACAAAUGAUGAAGACAUUCUGGUAUAUUGCCAGCACUUGGAAGCACUUCAAGAAGAUUUUAGGAAUAGAUUUCAGGAUAUCUUUGGUCUGAUUAUUCCAGAUUGGGUGCUAGAACCGUUCUCAAGUUUAGAAACAGCAGAAUUAUCACUACAGGAGGAAUUGAUAGAAUUGUCAACAAAUGAAGAGUUAAAAGUGAAAUUUAAAAAUGGAUAUCAAGAAUUUUGGCUGCAAUGUCAAAUUUCAGUAUUAUAUCCAGCUUUAUGGGCUGCAUCAAAGAAGUUUUUCAUUGCCUUUCCUUCGUCGUAUUUAGCCGAAAGAGGAUUUAGCAUAGUCAGCAAUUUAUUAACAAAGAAGAGAAAUAGACUGUCCAUAGUGGAGCGCGGUGAUUUAAGAUUGCUUAUGACAAGUAUGGAUCCAAAUAUUGACAGAUUACUAUCAUUACAUCAAGCUCAGCCUUCUCAUUAAAAAUGUUAUGUUAUUAUUAUAUUGUUUUUUAUGAUAUGUAUUUAAGUUAAAGUUUGAUCAAUACAUGAAUACUGUAUUUUUGAAUAAAACAUUUUUUUUUAAAUUUGUUGUUGCUUGGAUUAGUUAAGGGGCCGUCGAAUCAUAUUUAAGGUAGCCUUUGACCCAAAAAAGCUAAAACAAUUGUGAAUGAAAGUGCGUUACUAAUUUUAAGAAUGGAAGAGUUUUUUAAGGGGGGCGUUAAGUAUUUUGUUUUUUGAAAAAUGGGCGGUAGGCCGAAAAAGGUUGGGAACCACUGGUUUAAACGUUCGAAAAUUCGUUCCGUUGUCUCUCCUACCCGUAUAUAACUUUUAUAAAAUAAAAUAAAGCUUUUUGUUAACACUUUAAAAAAAUUUUAAUGGGUUUUCCCCGAAAAGAGCUUCAUUUUUUGGUACUAUGUAUCACGUUAAAAUAUUUGAUUUGGAAUUUGAAGGAUAAGAUCGUCUUUUUUAUGAGCUACAAAUUUACUUUUACUGGUUCUAUAGACUAAGAAUAUACCAUUUUUUCGUUUUUUUUUAUAUGCUACAUUUUUUCCAAGAAUAUUUUUUCGAUAUAAUACUUACUUUUUGAGUAUUUCUGUUUUUUUUUUGUUGAAAAGUAAAUAUUUUUAGUCGCAAGUGACUCUAGUACCUACUACUAAAUUAACCUAGUACCUAAGUUAAAAAAACUCUAUAGAACAAAAGUUGCUUAAACUUAGUCAGAUCUGUUUCCGGACUUAUUUUAAACGUAUAUUUUUUCACCCUCCAAGUAAAAGCAAUCAACGGCACAAAUUCAACUUUGAAGUGGGGGAUGGGUAGAAUCUAAAUCCAAAUUUUCAUGCAAUUAGGAGUUGACCCUGAAAAUUAUGUGUGUUUCUUUUUAUCUUUUAAAUAAUUUUACUUAAAAUCAUUUUUUAACUAUCAAAUAAUAAUUACAUAUUGAGUUAUUUUAUUUUUUAAACUUUAAUAAUAUUUAUAAAAAAUUUUACUUUCUUGUAAUGUAUCUUUAAAACAAGCAAUCAUUUAAAUAAUUAUUUUGUAACAAUUUGUAUUAUUUAAGAAUAUAAUAAUUACAUUUUGGUUUCGUAGUAAGUGUUUUUUUAAGAAUAUUAAUGUAUAGUUUUAAAAUAUUGUAUUGCAAAUAAUUAUCAUUAUUAAAUGGUUAUUAUUUGUCAAGUAUUCUUUUUCUUUUUUCACACCCUUAUGUAUGUAAUAAAACUAAGGGACUUUCUGAAAGGUCAAUCGUAGACUUUAAAGACACAAAAGAAGCGAUACUUAAAAGUUACGCCCAUUAUAUAUCUUUAUAUCGUGGGAAAUAUACAAUACAACACGAGCUCCAACCGCUCGACUAAUACUCUUUAGAGCUGGCAUCAGUGUGUGAUCUCG